UUGGUGAUUGCACCUCCUUCAAAAAGUUGGUCAGAAAAGGAAGUAGCAUCAGGGUUUGUUUCAGAAGUCUCCAAGUUUGCAGCCAAGGGGACCCAGUGAUUAACUGUUCCCUCGGUCUGCUGGUUCAGGCUCACUGCUUAAUCAAAUAAGAAAAGUCAUCUGAGAGAGCACCUGCAAGGAGAGGGUUGCAUUACAAUGAACUGGUGGCUACAGAAUUUCUGGAUCCUCUUGGCUGGAACGAUAAUCCUUGUUUCAGUAACACUUGCCUUAGUAAUGUACUGUAUCUGUAGGAGACUGCUUAGACAAGGCAAGAAAUGGAAAAUUCCCAACUCUUUCAAACGCACUCAGAAAGAUGAAGACAUGGUAUAUGAGAAUGUCACCAAUGAACCGACCGUGUGUUCACCUCCUCUGCCUCCCCGAAGUGUUCCAGCUUCAGAAAAUGCAGUUAAUCACACUCCCCAGGAAAAUGAAAGCCAACAACCUUAUUCAACUGUAAUGAAAAAGACAGUUUCUGUUCCUAGUUAUAUUGAGGCUAUCUCAGACUAUGAUGAUGUUGACAUCUCCUACACAUAUGAGAAUUAAUCAUUUUGAAAUAGCCAUUUCUUCAUUUCUGCAAGCAUGAAAAGACUUGACUUAGUUUAUUCUUAAAUAACCACGAAAGCGGACCUAUAGCAGGGGCAGAUGUGCUUUUAUUAAACGUUGUAAGAUAAACACUUUCUAAGCUUAUAAACAUCCAAGAUGGCCAAUAGGAAGAGGAAGGAAUGAGUGCUGGAAGAAAUCACAUAGCCUUCUUCUCUGGAGGGAACACAGUUGAGGAUGGUGGAAUGGACAGGCCUUGGAUACGGGAGGCCUGGCUCAGUUGCUGCCUCUCAUGCUAAUGAUCUGCGUGACUGUGGGCAAAUCCUUUCCUUUCUCUGGGCUGGAGCUUCCUCAUCUGGGCAGGCAACUUCACCCUGCUUGCCUCAGUUUCCUCAUCUGUCAAAUGAGCUGGAGAAGGAAAUGACAAACUGCUCCAGUAUUUCUGCCAAGAAAAGCCCAAAUGGGGUCAUAAAGGGUUGGACAUGACUGAAAUGACUGAGCAGUAGACUCAGCACUAAUGUAUUCAAUCUAUUCCGUAAUUUGUACGUAUGUCUUUCUUUGUAAGUAUUCUCACAUUUUUGUCGUAUGUAUACAAUGCUAAAAGUAUCAAUGCCGGGCCAUUUCAGUGGAAUUCUAGCGAGCUCUGCUGUCUCACUGCUCCUGCUGUCCUCUGAACUGCCCUCAUCCUGUAGCCUGGGAAGCCCCGUGAGCGCUAUGGAAGCUGCUGGGAUGGUUGUUGCACCCUCGUGCUCUGUCUCAGCUCAGAUGCCCAAUCCUUGGAGGCAGAACGUCCCUCUUUUGGGCCACCUUCUUCCAUUCUCUAUCCCUGUCCCUUAAAUAACUGUCAUAGUUGAUUAACUCGACCGUAAGUCUUCGAACCAUGGAUAAGAUUUUCCUCUGUGAUUCCACAGUGCUGGCUGUACUUAUGGUACUCAGAAAUAGUAAUUUUUUCACCAUAUUGUUGUGUCAUGAAAGUGUUUGAAGUGACAGCUCAAUCGACCAAUCAUGAGAAAUCUCGGGUAGCCAAGAAAAUUCAGGGAUUGUGAUGGAAAAGAAAAUGGCUAGUUACAAAUGGAUGAAAAUCCUCUGAAUUAUAUUUCAACCGUAAGCUGAUUUACAGAGGAAGAACUGAUCUGCUCAAUUUGUGAAAUGGGUUUCUCUUAAUUUUUUGGUCCAGUGAGUUAUUUAAAUAGUGACAAAGACAAUGCUAUCGACCACCUUGACCACCAUCUCCUCUUAGACCCUGAUGGGGAUAGCCCAGGACUCUGAUCCCAAGAGCCUUGGGAAAAACAGUGCCCUCCAAACCAUCAGAUCUCCUGCUUCCAGCCCAGGCCCAUUACUGAGAAGAGAAAUCUUGUGGAGAAGGGGCUCAUUUUCCCCACCAGCAGCAGCUGAUGUCGAACUGCCACCAACAGCAGAAAAGCAUGGGGAUUCUGGGCGUGGCAGCCCAUGCCAGGUUACUGGUCCUCCUUCUAGCCUCACCCUGAUAUCCACUAUCUGAGGAAGCAACUCCCAUGGAGAAUCAGCCAUCCCCAUCAACUGGGAUAUACGGGGCAGGCAAGCCGGUCUAGCUGAAGCAGCCUGCCACGCACCCUGGCGUGGGGGCAGACAGGAGGCAGUGCCAGGCAAGUUCAACCACUCAUCUUGACCAUUAGCCCCCCUCAGACCUCAGUGGAGCCAUCCCAGGACGCUGAGGCCAGGACUUCCAGCCCAGUACCCUCAGCCAGCAUCCCAGGAGGCAGCUCCAAUGGAGAUGCAGCCUGGCAAUGACUCCUACAGCUGCCUCGGCCACAGCUACCGAAGACCCCAAAAGGAAAGUUCUUGCUGCCAAAGUCCUUGGCACUGAAGUGGUUCUACAUCAGAAACGGAUGGGAUUCUAUCUGAGGUCUGACUCUCUGCUUUGCUGCUGGCCUCUAAGGACCUUUCCAUCUGACUGGCAGCUGAAACCUCCUCUAGGUACUGUCUCCCCCAUUAGAGUGUGAACCCCUUUAGAGAGGGACUGUCUGCCUUUUCUAUGUGUAUCUCCAGCACUUAGUGCAGGGCUCACGAAGUAAGCACUUAAUAUAUGCUCCCCCACCCCCACUCUAUUCCUUCAUUCCAAAAAGCACAUCUUUUUUUUUUGGUGGGAGGGAGGCUGUGAGGAGUAACCACAAGCUUACCUUCUUAAUUGUAUUGUUUAAUCUAGCAAGCAAUCGAGCAAUAGGCAUCUAUUAAGGGCCUACCAUGUGGUGGGAAUUACGGUGGGUGCUCAGGCUUAGGCAGAAACAUCCUGAAUACAUCCCAACAAGUAAGCCCAAAUGUGUCGGGUGGUAGGGGGACAAACAGCUUACCACGUGUGCACAAUUAAGGGCUGGCUGGACUCAUCAUAUCUAAUUUAAACAAUGCAAUGACUGACGUAUGAAGGCCACAAUCUUCAGAAAAAAUGGGAUCUGAGAUUUCAUUCAACAAAUACUUGAAAUGCCUGCCAUGUAUAAAGCACUUCAGGGGAAGGAAAGCCAAAUAAACACAGUCCCUGCCUUCACAGUAUUUCCCUAUCUAGGAGAGAAGUUACGAUAUGACACAAAUAGCUGUUAUUGAAGAUGGGAGGUAGGCAUGCCAUGAGAUGCAAGCGCAGGACCCAGGGAAAGAGCACCAUGCUCCCGACCAAACUUCAAAUCCUGCUUCGGCCGUUACCCCUGUGAUCUGGGUACGUUACUGAACAUCCUUGGGCCCAUUCCCUCACCUGUAACAUCUGGAGUGGGUGGACCCUAAGCUCCCAUCCCGCUUGAGAUCUAGGAUCCUAAGGCCCAUUCAUUUUUAGGGAAUUAAAGGGGAUUAGGAGAGCGAGUACUGUGAGAAUUGAGUGAAUCACACCGACUUCAUCUUGUGACUCCAUUAAGGGUUUAGUCGGAUUUCUGUCUUGUGAGAAAACUUUAGUCAAUUGUGGAAAUCAGGAGAAAAUGCAUUGUUUGAACCUAGCCCUGGAUGGCUGAGAAACUGGACCACCUCCACUUAUCGCUUAGAGACCCUUAAGUGUGUGUGAUGCUGACCAGAAACCCAGUCAGAUCCAAAGACUGAUGCAAGGAGUUUUCUCACAAUUGUACAUCUCAAGCAGCCCA